UGUACCCACUCCCGGCUGCUGCGGGGACGGUGCGGCGUCCUUGGCAUUCCGGCUGUCCUGGGCUGGCCUGAGCCUUAGGGUCUCCGGUGGCGGGCAAAGGAGGCUACUGGCUCUGGACGGGCUUGUUUCGGUGGCAGACUGGGAGGGCUGACCUUGGCCCAGGGUCGGAGCCGAUGGCGGCUCGGGCUGUUAUCAGCUUGAGCAGGGCUGCUGCCCAGUGCUUGUGGGAGCGAGGCCCCGGGGUCCGGGUGGCUCUUACGCGCUCCGCCCUGGCCUUCCAGCCUGAGCCCCCGUGCUGCAGCGCCGCUGGGGGCCGGACGCUGCACCUCACGGCCGAAGUACCCGCGGGGCACAACAAGUGGUCCAAAGUCCGGCACAUCAAGGGUCCCAAAGACGCAGAAAGGAGUCGCAUCUUCUCCAAGCUCAGCUUGAGCAUUCGCCUAGCGGUUAAAGAAGGAGGCCCCAACCCUGAGCUCAACAGCAACCUGGCCAGCAUCCUAGAGGUGUGUCGCAGCAAGCACAUGCCCAAGUCAACAAUUGAGGCAGCGCUGAAAAUGGAGAAAACCAAGGGCAUUUAUUUGUUGUAUGAGGGCCGAGGCCCCGGUGGCUCUUCUCUUCUCAUUGAGGCAUUAUCUAACAGUAGCUCCAAGUGCCACUCGGACAUCAAACACAUCCUGAACAAGAAUGGGGGAAUGAUGGCCGAAGGAGCUCGCCACUCCUUUGACAAAAAGGGGGUGAUUGUGGUUGGAGAGGAGGACAGAGAGAAGAAACCUGUGAACCUAGAGCGUGCCCUGGAGCUGGCAAUAGAAGCUGGAGCCGAGGAUGUCAAGGAGACUGAAGACGAAGAGGAAAAGAACAUUUUUAAAUUUAUUUGUGAUGCCUCUUCACUGCAUCAAGUGAGGAAGAAACUGGACUCCCUGGGACUGUGUUCUGUGUCCUGUACGUUAGAGUUCAUCCCCAACACAAAGGUGCAGCUGGCUGACCCCGACCUGGAGCAGGCUGCCCAUCUCAUCCAGGCGCUCGGCAACCACGAUGACGUGAUCCAUGUCUAUGACAACAUUGAGUAGCCAGACUGAACUGGACUUACAACCUGUUCAAUUGAUCCCCCGUGCUGGAUCUGCUCUAAGACAUUGGACCUCAGGGAGAAGACACAGGAUCUCUCUCUCCGGGAGCUGUCCGAGGGCAAUGUGAACUGCUGUGCAUGCAUCCUUGUUCUCUUCCUGUGGCCUCUGUAUCCUUCUGCCAGAGAGCUUAAGGCUCUAGCCCAAAGGGUGCCAAUGUAUGGGACUCCCAGGCCCUGCGUUGUCCAGGUCCCUCUGUGUUCUGAGUGCUUUCACUGCUGAGUGAACCCAUCAGUGGGCUGCACUCAGGAAAAGAAACACCAACCUGGUUUUGAAAGCUGCCUGAUGCCCAGAAUGUCCAACUCUGGCCCCUCUUAAUCCCUGAUGCCAGUUGGAUGAUGGGGCACUGGGAACUGGAAAGGAAAUGAGAACAGAAAGAAGGGUAAAGAGCUGAGUCAGGAGCCUGGCCAGAUGGGAAAUAGGAGCCAUGGUGCCUUUUGCUGCUAAGAAUCACUUCUAGGUUUAGGGACACCAGGAGUGCCGACCACCUGUGCUGGAGCCCGUCAGAUAUGUGGGGUCUGGAGUGGCUUUUUGAUCCCUGUUAUUCACCUCCUUUUAAGUUGGUUAAGGCAGUUCUGAGCUCAGUGUAAUUUUCCUCAAGGAGCCUUAGGUAAAUUAGGAUGGAGAAGAACUAAAACCAAAUUGGCUUUUAAGUGAUAGCUUCACUUUCUAGCAAAAAUAGAUUACUAAUUCCAUGAUGACUUCAGCUGGAGAGUGAAGCCUACGGGAAGAAAAUCAAUUAAAUAACCCAUUAUGGUGCCAAAGCAUGUGCCCUUAUACCUCAUUUCAUAAUGGUGGUACUACCUGGGAUUUUUAGUUUUUAUAGGAGAUAACUCAUCUAAAUAUCUGAAUAGCACAUCAUUAAAACAGGGCAACGUAAAGUUUAAAUGCCACUUCCUAAUUUAUAAGAUACUUUCAUAUUUUAUUUAUUCGACUUUCAAAACAAACCUAUAAAAUAGUCAGGCCAAGUAUUUUAUGCACAGAUGAUCUCAUACCAAGCAGGUGAAAACUCCGUCUUGCGUUCAUAGACCUUGGUUUAUAAAAUAGCUCUGUUUUGUGAAAGUUGAAUAUAGAUUAAUUUGGAGAAAUGUGACCAUUUCUGAUAUGAGUAAUCUUGUACUAAGGAAACCUGCUCGAGAAGGGAACUUGGUUACCCAUGUGGAUAGUCCUCUGAUCUAAUAGAUAGGAUUUGUUACUGCGAAUUCUUCUAUAAACCAGUUUGCAUCAAGACAUCCUAGACAGCUCUGCACUGACCCCUGGCGGUGCCCUGUAGUCUUCCUGGAGUUAAUAUGGAAAAGGCAGAAGUGAAAGCUUACUCAGAAAGUUCUGACCCAAGAGAUCCUUAGCUACCUAGGUUAAAUAGUUAAAUAGCUAUUUAACUGAAAAUUUCAAUAAAGAUGGUAUGAGCUGUUUUGCCACUAGAAAUUAUUUUUUAAAGAAUAUUUUAUGUCAGAGAAAACAUUUACAAUAUGUUAAAUGAAAAACAAAGAUUAAAAACUGUGUGUAUAGUGUGGUCCAGAUUUUAAAAUAUAUAUGAUGCUGUAUAUAUGAAAUUUUAAGAAAAGACUAGAAGGAAGUAUACCAGCAAAACUGAUUAUCUCUGGGUGGUGAUAUUAUAACUGAAUUUUAUUUUCAUGUAUUACGUUUAUUAGGGAAGCAUUUUUUAAAAAGAAGAAAACUAGUCACGUUAUCCUCCUACUAAGGAGACAACAUGUGAGCACCUGGGAUUCAAGUGCACCUUGAAGCCAAAAGAAUGGGGUCUGGUCCUGGCUUGCCUUAUCUUUGGUUAGUGUCUUAACAACAAAAUCAUUUAGCACCUUGAGCUGGCUUGGGCUCACUUUCAAGUGUCCUUUCAGUAGGAUGGAAGUAUCAGUGACAGGCUUUGUCCGCAGCCUUGACUCUCACUGGGAAACGCUCAUGUAGUAUGUAGCUGCUGCACCUCUGCCAGGGGCCCCGGCUGAAUCAGACUGGAACAGUGAAGGCUCUGCCUCCAGCUAACCAUGGAAAUUCAGUCGUGUGGUUACUUUUUUUUUUUUCUCUUGAGAACAUAUAACAUAGAUGUCAUAGAGUUGUCUUGAGAACUGUUAAAUAAGUUAAUAUAUGCUAAGCACUUAAAACAGUGCCUGGCAGUAGUAAGUAUUCAAUAUAUGUUGGCCUUUUUUCCCACUAAGUAUGAAUGAACAUUUUUUUUAAGCAUUUUUUAUUUUAUAUUGGACUAGAGUCAAUUAACAAUAUUGUGAUAGUUUCAGGUGUACAACAAAGCAACUCAGCCAUCCAUAUACAUGUAUCCUGAAUGAACAUUUUUUAAAAAUUGAAACGUGACCACCCUAUGUGUAUCUGCUUUGUAACCUGUCCCUCACCCUCUCCUUCCCCUUCACAAUAUAUCCUAGAUGCCUUUUGGUAUUGGGAUGGAGAAGUCUACUUCUUUCUUUUUAGUGGCUACAUAGUAUUUUAUUAUUAUUAAUUAAUUUUAUUUUUAAUUAAUGUGUCAUAAUUUAUUUUAUUUUAUUAGUCUCUAUCAAUGGAUAUUUGGAUUGUUUAUCUUACAGAAGAUGCUACAAUGAAUACUUUUUACCUUUGCUCUCUUGCAAAGUAUUCUUCACGAUAAAUUUAUAGAAGUGGAAUUACAAAACGCAAAACAGUUUUUCUUUAGACGUAAAUGUCAAUAUGUAAAAAUGUAAAGAUGUAAAAAUCUAUUUACCUCCUUCCUUAACAAAGCAGAGAACCUAACUGAUUGAACUGGUGAUCUGAAUAUGUUCUGUGUUACCUCUGAAUUAAAAGAAUUUUCAUCAAA